CAUCUUCAAGAUUCAACUUCCCUCUUUAAUUCCUUCACCUUCCUCCCAGCAUAACUCCCCACUCUCUCCUCCAUAAAUAUUUAUUUACACCUCUCUCUCCCUGCGUCUUCUUCACGACAUGCUAUCCUUUUUUCUAUAAUUUCCAAGUACAUUUCUUCAUUCUUUUUUUAUUGCCUAUAAACAUGCCAAAAUUUUCCUCACCCUCUUCCUAUUUCUUGCUCUUCUCGCUUGCCCUUUGUUUCUGCUCCAGUUCCAAUGCCGGUAGCAGCCAUGAAUUUCCGGUAAAUGUGCCACCUGCUGAGUUUGCAGGCUCUCUAAGGACCACCAUUGAUGCUAUAAGAAAAGUGAUCCCUAUCGUUUCUCAGUUUGGCAGCUUUUUUGGUGAUUUUCGACUUUCUAACGCCAUUUCUGAUUGCCUUGAUCUCUUGGAUUUUUCUGCUGAUCAACUAAGCUGGUCUCUGUCUGCUUCCCAGAAUCCAAAUGGUAAACACAACAGCACCGGUGAUGUAGCUUCUGAUUUAAGGACAUGGUUGAGUGCUGCAAUGGCAAAUCAGGAGACAUGCAUUGAAGGGUUCGAGGGUACAAAUGGCAUCGCCAAAACAGUAGUAGCAGGGGGUCUGAACCAAGUCACUUCACUGGUCAGUGACCUUCUCACCAUGGUGCAACCACCAGGUUCCGAUUCCAGAUCCAACGGUGACAGGAAAGUUGCAGAGAAGAACCGGUUCCCAUCAUGGUUCGAAAGGGAAGACCAGAAACUGUUGCAAGCAAACGGGGUAACAGCCGAUGCUGUGGUUGCAUUAGACGGGACAGGGACCUUUACUAACAUAAUGGAUGCUGUGGCAGCAGCGCCUGAUUACAGUAUGAACCGGCAUGUGAUUUACAUCAAGAAGGGUUUGUAUAAAGAGAAUGUGGAGAUCAAAAAGAAGAAAUGGAACCUGAUGAUGGUUGGUGAUGGAAUAAAUGGGACAAUCAUAUCAGGGAACCGAAGCUUCGUUGAUGGUUGGACCACAUUUCGAUCAGCAACAUUUGCUGUAAGCGGAAGAGGAUUCAUAGCAAGGGACAUAACAUUUGAGAACACAGCAGGACCCCAAAAACACCAAGCGGUAGCAUUGCGAUCGGACUCCGACCUAUCAGUUUUCUUCCGAUGUGCCAUUAAGGGCUACCAAGAUUCACUCUACACUCACACAAUGCGUCAAUUUUUCCGAGAAUGUAGGAUCACUGGCACCGUGGAUUUCAUAUUUGGUGACGCCUCCGUAGUAUUCCAAAACUGUCAAAUCCUAGCCAAGCAAGGCCUACCGAACCAGAAGAACACUAUCACCGCACAAGGCCGGAAAGACCCGAACCAGCCGACAGGGUUCUCGAUCCAAUUCUGCAACAUCUCAGCGGAUGCGGAUUUGUUACCUUUCGUUAACUCUACUCCUACAUACCUUGGGAGACCCUGGAAGCUGUAUUCAAGGACCAUAAUCAUGCAAUCCUACAUUGGUAAUGCUGUAAGGCCACAAGGGUGGCUUGAAUGGAACCAAGAUUUUGCUUUGGACACAUUGUAUUAUGCUGAAUUCAUGAAUUUUGGGCCUGGGGCUGGCCUUGGUGGCAGGGUUCAAUGGCCUGGCUACCAUGCAUUGAAUAACUCGGCUCAAGCUGGUAAUUUUACAGUGGCUCGAUUGAUCGAAGGGGACCUAUGGUUACCGUCAACCGGCGUUAAAUACACUGCCGGAUUGGGAGCAUAAAUAAGCAAUCAACGCAGCUUCAAUACUUCAUUUAUGUUUUUCUAAUAUAAAAUCCCUUUCAUAUAAUUCUAGGGAGAUUUUUUUUUUUUCUUGUGUAGAUUCUUUUUUUUUAAUCUAUCAGAAAUGAUGAAUGAAAUUAAUAAAGAUUACAUUUAAUAUAA